CUACCGACUGCCUACAGUCCCGCUAUGUACCACUGCAUAAAGACGCUGGUGAGAAAUGUGACGACAGCCACGAUAAGACAUAUGCGGCCUGCAGACUUGGCUGAAGUAACUAGUUUGACAGAGAAGGAGUCCUGGAAUCUCAGCCAAGAGGUUGUUAGGACUCUCUAUGAAUACUGCCCAGAAGGAUCGUUUAUUGCUGAAUUGCAGGGGAAAGUUGUAGGUGCUAUAAUGGGAUUUAACAUGAAUGAAGAGGAAUCAUUUGGAGGAAUGUGGGUAGUCAGUAAGCAGCAUCGUGGACAGCGUAUUGGCACAAUGUUGUUGCAGAGGAUAAAAGAGCACAUUGGAGAUAGGAAUAUCGGCAUAUUCUCCGUCGCAGAGAGCGUGGAAGCCCACAAAAGAUUUGGUUUUACGGUGGAGUCAUGGAAAAUAUGCCAUGUAUCCGGCAUCAUCGCAACUGAAAAGAUCAAAUUAGCAGAAGAUUGCAUGGUGCAUGUAUGUGCGUUUCCCUCUCGUCACGUGCAAUUUGAUGACCUGUUUCAAUAUGACACCAAAAUACACUCAGUGGAACGGGAAAGAUUCCUAAGAGUUUGGACUCAGGGAAAAUCGACCAUAACCUUGGUUGCUAUUGGCAGGACUGGAGAAAUCGUCGGUUACGGCGUCAUUAAGCGCGAUUCCAAUGACACCGUAGUUGGACCAAUUUACGGUGAAACUCCUUCCGUCAUGAAAACCUUACUUGUCAGUUUAAUCAGCAAGACUACUUUUGGUGAAAAUAUCAACAUGUCGGUACCAGUUGAGAGUGAGAUUUUGCAAGAAUUACUGGUUGAGAAUAAAAGCACGCUCAAAGUUCUUUCGGAGGAGACCCGGAUGUUUUUCCACCAUGAAGUAAAGGCUCCUCUGGAAAAAAUUUUCGCGAUUGCAUCAUCAGAAGCUGGCCAUUGUUGACAGUCAGUGAUACAGCAUUCCAAAUUCCCCGUGCCCUACAGAACUGAUGAACAAAAUUAUAAAGUUUGGUUAGAAAGUGGGUAAAUUUGUAAACAAUUUUGUUAUGUUGUCAAAUACAACUUACUUUCAUUUUUUUGCUGUUCUUAGCUGAGAUCGAACUUUCGUUUUGAACAAGUGGAUUUUAUUUGAUAAAAGAAAAAA